AAGCGCCAGACAGGGACUUGUGUCGUUGUCUCCUCAUUCUACCUUUCUAUCACUUUCUAAAACGUCUCUUAUCCUUUCGCUUUCUGAUAUCACUUCACCAUGGAUUUCUCAGCAAUGAACCCAGCAGAGCAGGCUCAGAUGAACAGGAUCAUUGAAAAGAAACAGAUGCAAGAUUUCUUGAGGAUGUAUUCGAACCUUGUGGAGAAAUGUUUUACAUCAUGCUGCAACGACUUCACCAGCAAAGCCCUGUCGUCGAAGGAGGAGCAAUGCAUGACCAACUGCGCAGAUAAGUUCUUGAAACACUCAGAACGAGUAGGGGCCCGCUUCGCAGAACAGAAUGCAGAGGCCAUGAACGCACCCCCUUCUUAGUCUUAAAAGUAUCCAGGCCGCGCUUAUGUCUGAGUUGCUGUCCUAUCGUAUAUUUAUUUAAUAGAACAUCGCAUCGCAUCGCUUCCC